AUGCAUUUGUCUGAAACUGCUGUUGAUUUUCGUGAUCCAACCCCACCGGGAAUCAAAUUCAGUGAAGAAUUGACUGACAAUCCGCCAAACUUGCAUGGCUUUGUUGAAGCAUACAUUAAUGCUGAUAAUGAAAAGUUCUUCACAGAAAAUGAUCCAAGUUCUGAAGCGAUUCUACAAAAAGUGAUCAAUCUUGGUGUUGAUUUUUUAGGUAGAGAAUGGAAGAAUACCGAUAAAAGUCAAGUGAACGUUAAAAAGAUUCUAAACCUUGGAGGUGGCGAUUUUAAUUUAUUCCCCACUCAUGUCACUUGGACUGAUCACCCAGAUUCAAUUUCCCUUGAGAACUUACAAAAAGAAAUCAAUCUAAUGGAAUCUUGGACAAAUGAGAUUUUUGAGGAUACUGUAGUUUUCUGUCACAACGACUUGGCUGUAGAACGAGGACUUGGUCCAAAACUCUACGGCUUUUUUGAAGGAGGACGUUUGGAAGAAUACCUUCCAAGUGAAGGAUUCACUGAAGAUGAUUAUUGGAAACCUGAAGAACUUGAAGGAGGGGAUUACGAAAUUCUACCAACCACCGUAACCUAUUCUGAUCAUCCAAAAACAAUUUCGGUUCAGAAAUUGAGUGAAGAAAUUGACACCUUUGAGAAAUGGGCAAGAGAAGUUUUCGAGCACACUUUGGUUUUUGGACAAAUUGAUUUUGGGGUGUCAAAUGUUCUGGAGCUGAAUUCUACAAAAGAAAUGGUUCUCAUUGAUUGCGAGUUCUCAUCAUACAAUUGGAGAGGGUUUGAUCUUGCAAUGUUUGUAUCUGAAUCGGCAAUCACAUUCAAUGUUCCAUUUCCACCUGGAAUAAAAAUCAGUGAAGAUCUGACUGAUAACUCUCCCAACAUUCGUAUUCUAUGCGAAGCUUAUCUAGAUGCUGAUAAUACGCUCAAAAAUCAUAUUCCCUCUGAUCGAUCAUCUGAACUGGAGUCUCUAAUCCAGGAGUGUCUCUUCUUCUGGCCUCUCACUCAUUUAUUCUGGGCACUCUCUGCUAUGAAACAUGCACUUUUAAAAUUCGAAAACGGGGUGGAUUUAGAUGUUCAAGCUCGGGAUAGAUUGGCAGUUUACUUUCAUUUGAAACCAAGAUCUCAAAAAAUUUACGAAAAGUUGAAAAAGUGGAAGAAGGCACUUUGA